AUGGAGAGAACACAAUCCUCACUUCUACAAAUUCAGCCUCCAACUUAUGGAAACUUAGUCACAAUUCUAAGUAUCGAUGGUGGCGGUAUUAGAGGCCUUAUUCCUGCAACUAUCCUCGAGUACCUUGAAUCAGAACUUCAAGAAUUGGACGGUGAAUCUGCACGACUUGCAGAUUACUUUGAUGUGAUUACAGGGACAAGUACCGGUGGUCUUGUAACUGCCAUGUUAACGGCUCCAAAUGAUAAACAACGUCCACUUUUUGCUGCUAAAGAUAUCAAACCCUUUUACUUGGAACACUGUCCAAAUAUUUUCCCACAAAACAAGCACAUGUUAGGUUCUAUGGGGAAAUUGUUUAGAUCAUUGGCAGGACCAAAAUAUGAUGGAAAAUAUCUUCACAAUGUGGUGAAGGAGAAGCUUGGAGAAACUCGCGUGCAUGAGACUCUCACCAACAUUGUGAUCCCCGCGUUUGACAUAAAGUCGAUGCAACCGAUUAUUUUUUCAACUUAUCAAAGCAAGAGAACCCCAUGUUGGAAAUAA